AUGGCUGACUGCCUCAUCACUUCAAUUGUCUUCCAGUGUGUGAAUGUCAGUCUCAGCAUCCGGGCCUUCGAUGUUGCAUCAGGGUCGAACGCCUGGAACCCCCCUUUUUACCUUUUUGCCGGCCACCGCUUGAUCCAGUUUGCACUUGCGGCCAGACAGAUCCGGGCUGCGACACGUCCAUGGGCUCCGCCACACGCCAUCGAAGGCUUUGUGGAGGCUACGCAAGUACGGCACUUGCGCUGUAAAGCCUUCGGACGAGUCAAGUUGAUCACGGGCGUUCUAUCAGCCUUCAUCACACGGCUGCUGUUGGUUUCACAGUCGUCCACGUCAUGGAUCAGUGCUUUCAAUUCGCAAUUUGGAGAUUUUUCUUGCAAGUCCUGGCAAGCGACAGCGACAACUCCAAAAGCACCACCAUGA